CCCUUGAUUAUCCUGGCCUUGUAUUCUGCUGCGUUUUCUAGGGUUUUAUCAACGCCUCUUGCUUGCAGGCUUGCACUUGCGCAGCUCUUUGCAGAUCCCACUUUCACUGAGACGCCAAAAAAAUCAUGGGACACUCCAACGUAUGGAAUUCUCACCCCAAGAACUACGGCCCUGGCUCCCGCGCCUGUCGUGUGUGCGGGAAUCCCCAUGGGUUAAUCCGGAAGUAUGGGCUCAUGUGUUGCAGACAGUGCUUCCGCAGCAACGCCAAGGAAAUUGGCUUCAUUAAGUACCGCUGAAGGGUUUUUUCAAUUCUCUGUCCCACAAGAACAGAUGCUUUGCCUGAACCACGUUCUGAUCUAUUCGUUCUAAGGAAAUUUUGAUUUUCUGUUUAGUUGAUCUUUUAUGGAACUUUAUUUGAAUGCCAGAAUUGGAAUAUUUUUGCCUUAAGUAUUUGAAGUUCAAUUAUAAUUUA